AUGUCGAAGACGCUGAAGAAGAAGAAGCACUGGCUGAGCAAGGUGCAGGAGUGCGUGGUGUCCUGGGCCGGGCCGCCCGGCGAGCUGGGCGUGGAGGUGCGCGGCGGCGCGGAGCGCGGCGAGUUCCCGCACCUGGGCGCGCCGGGCACCUGCUGCGUGCUGUCCGGCCGGCCGCCCGCGCCGGGGGACGUGCUGCUGGAGGUGAACGGCACGCCCGUCAGCGGGCUCACCCACCGCGACACCCUGGCUGUCAUCCGCCACUUCCGCGAGCCCAUCCGCCUCAAGACCGUGAAGCCGGGCAAAGUGAUUAACAAAGAUUUGCGACAUUACCUGAGUCUUCAGUUCCAGAAAGGAUCCAUUGACCACAAGCUGCAGCAAGUGAUCAGAGAUAACCUCUACUUGAGGACCAUUCCAUGCACCACCAGGGCCCCCAGAGAUGGGGAAGUGCCAGGGGUGGACUAUAACUUCAUUUCUGUGGAGCAGUUCAAAGCGCUGGAAGAGAGCGGAGCGUUGUUAGAAAGCGGAACGUAUGAUGGCAACUUCUACGGGACCCCCAAGCCUCCGGCGGAACCCAGCCCUUUCCAGCCCGACCCUGUGGACCAGGUCCUCUUCGAUAAUGAGUUUGACACCGAGUCCCAAAGGAAGAGGACCACCUCCGUCAGCAAGAUGGAGCGGAUGGACAGCUCUCUCCCCGAGGAGGAGGAGGACGAGGACAAGGAAGCCGUUAACGGCACUGGCCUUGCAGAAAACAGAGAGAGGCACACUGAGCCAUCCGACUGGAUGAAGACCGUCCCGAGCUACCACCAAACCAACAGCUCCAUGGACUUCAGGAAUUACCUGAUGAGGGAUGAGAACCUGGAACCGCUGCCCAAAAACUGGGAGAUGGCCUACACCGACACGGGGAUGAUCUACUUCAUCGACCACAAUACCAAAACGACCACCUGGCUGGACCCUCGCCUCUGUAAGAAGGCCAAGGCCCCCGAGGACUGUGAAGACGGAGAACUUCCUUACGGCUGGGAAAAGAUAGAGGACCCUCAGUACGGGACGUACUACGUUGACCACCUGAACCAGAAAACGCAGUUUGAGAACCCCGUGGAGGAAGCCAAGAGGAAGAAGCAGUCCGGGCAGGCGGAGCCGGGACCCUCCAAGCCAGACACGGAGAAAUCCCACUUCACGCGGGACCCGGCCCAGCUGAAAGGCGUCCUGGUGCGGGCGUCGCUGAGGAAGAGCGCCAUGGGCUUCGGCUUCACCAUCAUCGGCGGCGACCGGCCGGACGAGUUCCUGCAGGUGAAGAACGUGCUGAAGGACGGCCCCGCUGCGCAGGACGGGAAGAUCGCUCCAGGCGAUGUCAUUGUGGACAUCAACGGCAGCUGCGUCCUGGGUCACACCCACGCGGACGUGGUCCAGAUGUUCCAGCUGGUGCCCGUCAACCAGUACGUGAACCUCACCCUGUGCCGCGGGUACCCGCUCCCGGACGACCCCGAAGACCCCGCCGUGGACAUGGUGGCCGCCACUCCCGUCCUCAACGGGCAGUCGCUGGCCAAGGGCGAGAACGCCCAGGACGUUAAGCCGGGGGCGACGGGUCCGGACCAGAACGGGAAGCCGGGGCCGGUCCCGGCCAGCGACCGCCUCAACGGGCCCUCGGACGCGGGCGAGCAGCGGGCGUCCGUGGCCUCCUCGGGCGGCUCCCAGCCCGAGCUCGUGACCGUCCCGCUGGUCAAGGGCCCCAAGGGCUUCGGGUUCGCCAUCGCGGACAGCCCCGCCGGCCAGAAGGUGAAGAUGAUCCUGGACAGCCAGUGGUGCCCGGGCCUCCAGAAGGGCGACGUCAUCAAGGAGAUCUACCGCCAGAACGUGCAGGGCCUCACGCACCUGCAGGUGGUGGAGGUGCUGAAGCAGUUCCCUGUGGGCGCCGACGUGCCGCUGCUCAUCCUGCGAGGAGGUCCUCCUUCACCAACGAAAACUGCCAAAACUAGGGCGGACAGAAAGGAGCACGCGGGCAGCUCGGAGGCCGUGAGCGAGCCGGUGCCGCAGCCUCUGCCCUUCCCGCCCAGCAUCGUGCGGGCCAGCUCCCCGAAGCUGGACCCCUCAGAGGUCUACCUGAAGUCCAAGUCCCUGUACGAGGACAAACCGCCAAACACCAAAGACCUGGAUGUGUUUCUCCGGAAACAGGAGUCGGGGUUCGGCUUCCGGGUGCUGGGCGGAGACGGCCCUGACCAAGCUAUCUACAUCGGGGCCAUCAUCCCGCUGGGCGCUGCGGAGAAGGACGGCCGGCUGCGCGCCGCCGACGAGCUCAUGUGCAUCGACGGCAUCCCCGUGAAGGGCAGGUCCCACAAGCAGGUCCUGGACCUCAUGACCACGGCGGCUCGCAACGGCCACGUGCUCCUGACCGUCCGGAGGAAGAUCUUCUAUGGAGAGAAGCAGCCGGAGGACGACAGCCCCCAAGCCCUCCUCUCGGCACAGAACGGGUCCCCGCGCCUGAUCCGAGCGGACGCCCCCACCAGGCCCGCGCCCCCCGAGGCCUACGAGGUCGUCCUGCAGCGGAAGGAGAACGAAGGGUUUGGCUUCGUCAUCCUCACCUCCAAAACCACGCCGCCUCCCGGAGUUAUUCCUCAUAAAAUCGGCCGCGUCAUCGAGGGAAGCCCCGCGGACCGCUGUGGGAAGCUGAAGGUGGGAGACCACAUCUCGGCGGUGAACGGGCAGUCCAUCGUGGACCUGUCCCACGACAGCAUCGUCCAGCUCAUCAAGGACGCCGGCGCCACUGUCACCCUCACCGUCAUCGCCGAGGAAGAGCACCAUGGCCCACCGUCAGGAACCAACUCGGCCAGGCAGAGCCCGGCCCUGCAGCACCGGCCCCUGGGCCCGGCCCAGGCCAACCAUGUGCCUGGGGACAGUGACACCGGGAAGGACGCCGCCUACAGACCCUCGUGGGCGGACAAGCACCUCCCGCAGCCAGACCCGGCGGCCGCAGUGGGCAGCCGGCACAACCAGGGCCCGGGCUGCUUCCCGGUGGAGCUGGAGCGCGGCCCCCGCGGCUUCGGGUUCAGCCUCCGCGGGGGGAAGGAGUACAACAUGGGGCUGUUCAUCCUGCGCCUGGCCGAGGACGGGCCCGCCCUCAAGGACGGCCGGAUCCACGUCGGGGACCAGAUUGUGGAGAUCAACGGGGAGCCCACCCAGGGCAUCACGCACACGCGUGCCAUCGAGCUCAUCCAGGCCGGCGGGAACAAGGUCCUCCUGCUCCUGAGGCCGGGCUCGGGCCUGAUCCCUGACCACGGCGACCGGGACGCCGCCCACCCUCCAUCUCCCCGCGUCAUCUACGACGAGCAGCCGCCGGCGGGCCCGCCCUCACGCUCUGCCUCGGCGGCCGGAGAGCCGGCCACGGCCACGGCCACGGGGGCGUCCUCGGUGAGAGCCCCGCCGCGGGAGACGGCGGGAGAGGCCCCGGACCCGGCGCCUGGAAGGAAGAGCGCGUCCCACCAGUCCCUCCCCCAGAAAGGCGUGAGCAGGAGGGAGCCGCCCGCCGGCCACGGCCACGGCCACGGCCACGGCCACGGGGACAGGAAGCACCUCCUGAAGGUGGACAGCGGCGCCCCCCGCCGGGGCCGCUCCGCCAGCCCCAGGAAGCCCGCCGGCCGCCCCGCGGAGGACCGAGCGGACACGGGCCCCGGGCCUCCCCCAGGCCCAGGCGAGCCGAGGCGGCGGCCCCGGGACCGGUCGGCCAGCCCCCGGGCGGCGGAGAGCCGGGGCGGGCGGGGCCGCUCCUCCAGCCCCCGGAAGCCGCCCCGGACGGAGGGGGCCGCGGCCCGGGACGGCGGCCCGCAGCGGAGCCAGCCCGGGCAGGGGCCGCGCUCCCCGGAGGGCAGGGGCGGGAAGGGACGGCGCGGCCCCGCGGGGGAGGCGGCGGAGAGGGCGCCGAGGCCGGGCGCCGAGGACGCGGGCGGGAAGGAGGCGGACGGCGCCCGGGGCUCCCCCGGCCGGCGGGCGCCCAUCACGCCGGGGCCCUGGAAGGUGCCGGGGGCCGGCAGAGCCUCAGCCGAGAGGCGGCUGUGA